UUUCUGCAGUUAUUCCCAAACUCUCCAGCCAUGCGCUGCCACCCGCUCCCUUGGGGAUAUUUAUCUUUGUGCGGAUGAAAUGUUGGCAACUGUGCUGGUUUUCAUGUGUUUUGUGGCUCUCCUCUCUGCGGCUGAUCUGUGUAACUGGACUGGAAGCGGUUUUGCAGCUGGCGCGGACUCCAGGCUGGUUCUCCAGGUGCGCCUGCGCUGCACGGAGGGCUCGGUGAGGUGGCUCUACCCGGGUCACGCUCUCAGGGUGGUCCUCGAGCCAAACCUGUCCUCCGCCCGGCGCGCGGCCGUCUGCAUCAAGCCGUCCCCGACCCUCGGCGGGGCCAGCGCCUUCAUCGAGCGCGCCGGGGAGCUGGAGCUGCUCGUGACGGACGGCGACCAGCACGUGCUCUGCUUCUGGGCGGACGGGCCGCGCAGGCCCGCGAUCUACCUCCAGGCCGGCCCGCGGAUGGAGGGACCGUGGAGCGCGCGCACGAUCGGCUUCAGAUACGAGCUGCUGGGAAACAGGAGCACCGCGCCUCACCUGGCGCACGCGGGGCUGCAGGCCUCAUGCCGGCCCUGCAAUGACACUGAGCUCCUUAUGGCCAUCUGCAACAGUGACUUUGUGGUUCGCGGUCACAUUCAAAACGUCUCCCACAACUUCCAACAUAAAACGUCGUUGGUGGAGAUCUCUGGGCGGAGACUUUACCGGCAGCGCAGUCGGGUCUUCAGGCAGCGGCUGGAUGGAUCAGCGUCGACGUGGCACGGACACAUCCACACACUGCUGCAGUGCCGCGUGAAGCCCGGCGACGGAGAGUUUCUCUUCACCGGAGCCCAACACUUCGGGGAAGCCUGGCUCGGGUGUGCCCCGCGCUACAGAGACUUCCUGUCUGUCUACCGCGCCGCCAGGACGGCACGCAGGAACUCAUGUGACUUCCCUCUAGAUUAAAGACGCGCCCUGAUGAAGCAGUCGGCCGGCCUCGUCCCUGUGGGACUCCUCUAACACUGUCAUGUGCCAGCGAGGCGGCGUCCAGCGUCACCAGCGGGGGCACGGUUACUGCAAUAGUGGUCAAAGACACAUUUGGAGGGGCAAACGGCAGGGCCUCCUGCACUGAGGCCCGGGGAGAGCCGGCCUUUGUCUCCCUGCCGUCACUGCCCUCGGUCCGGGGAGAAUCAGGAGGGGUGGAGUUGCUGCUCUCUCUUUGUGCUUCUCCUGCAUCGACUGUUGUUCACUUCGCCGGCUCUGUGUGACGACUGAGCCGAGGAAGGAGGGAAGACUGACAUUUAUCACUGCCAGGUCGUCUGCUGAUUAAACGUGUGGUUAAGCUUGUAAAAGUUAGUCUGCAUUAUCGCCUUCAAAUUCAAAUGACUUGUUUUAUUUAUAUGUUGUCAUACUUUACAUAAAACAAUUUAUACCUGUCAGUUGUGUUUAUAAUGGAAAGAAAAGAGAAACCUCCAAUAAAUUUAAAAUUAAGUUUUUGAGAAAAAUGGUGCAAUAGAUGAAUAAAAAAAGUUUUAAUGGUUGCCAGAAACUAUGAGGAAUUAAUUAAAACAGAUAUUUUUAUCACUCUUGUGCACUUUCAUCAGCUAAGUUCAAUAUUUUAACCUGUUUACCUCUUUCACCCAAACCAGAUAAAGUUCUUUCUUCAUCUGUUUCACUGUUUUGUUUGUCUUUAUCUAUUUCAAUAAAAUA